AUAAAAUUCAACUUUCUUAACAUUGACGCAAUCAAUUGUAAACGAGAGCAGUCAUGUUUUUUUAAGCAAACUUCAUCUAAAACCUGUUGCAGACGAUAAACUAAGCUUGGUAUCGCAGAAGCGUGGAGUCGGUAGAGGUUGGUGGUCAGUAGUUGCAGAGCAUCUCCCUUUAAAAAUUUUCCCACGUUACUACCAUAUGGCACCUCUCUCUCUCUCUGAGAGCCAUGGCUCCAUCUGCAGCGCAGUUCAUAGCCACGGCCUUCGCCGGAAGUGGCCCAUUCUCCCUCUGCUACCCCGACCACAAGUGCAAGCGGCUCAUCAUCUCCCACCUCCUCUCCCUCUUCAACGAGUUCCCUUCCCUUUCCCCUCGUGCCUCCCACUUCACCACCGACGACGGCGCCACCUUCUACCUCCUCGUCGCCACAGGCACCAUCGCCGCCACUCCUCUCACCAUUUGGCUCCUUCCCACUUACCCUUCCGGACCCCCUCUCGUCUACGUCUCUCAAACCGCCGCCGCCGCCAUAACUGAGGACCACCCUUUCGUGAACAGCGCCACCCGCGCUGUCUUCACCCCUUACCUUCUCACCUGGUGCCACCGUCGAGCCAACCUCGUCGGCCUCGUCCGCAACCUUCAGCGCGUAUUCCACCUAUAUUCACCUCUCCUCCCCACCACCACCACCAACGACUCCGCUGCUACCACUACUACAGGUUUCAGCCUCUCACUUCCUUCUCACGUCUCGAAGCAAGAGGCCAUCGACCGGCUGGCGCUCGCGCUCAUCUACGACAUCUCCGGCUUCCGCCGGCAAGUCAUUGCCGAAACCAACGAUCUGUUGAACCAGCGAUCUGACCUCGAAGACCGCCGCAAGCGGCUGGAAGAUGGGAUCAAGGAGCUCGAGCACGAGAAUCUGAGGCUCGAGGAGAGGAUGGGACUGAUGAACUCACAGAUACACUCCCUGCAGAAAUGGUUGGAAGAGAGGAAGGAGGUCCGAAGCGGGGAGAUGGAGGUGGAGAAGAUCUUCGAGUGCGUGGACAGGAAGUCGAGAGUGGUGCUGGAGAGCUCUGCUGCUGAUCUAGCCAUAGAAGACGUGAUGCAGAAAUUGGACAGAGCAUUGCAGGAAGGGCUGGUGGAGUUGAGUGUGUACAUGAAGCUUGUCCGAUCUCUUGCCAGGGAGCAGUUCUACUGCAUUGUGGAUUGCACCAAGAUCUUGCAACCUCAGAACUAAGGUUUCACCGCUGCUCUCGCCGGAGUUCAGGACGGAGGGGGGAGACUGAAGGAUCUGCAAGUCCUUUCUCCUGUUCAUUGGAGAACUCAGGACCACUGAACGGUCUACUGCUGCUCAAACAAUAGUUCACCACCGGAUUUUCCCCUUUGGCUAUUGAAUUAUCCUUCAAGAUUAUGAUCAUGUCACUGUCAGCAAAGCAAUCAGAGAACAAGCAGAUCCCUUUUGAGGUACCCAUUGAUUUCUUGCUGAUCCAAACUUGGCGUUCAAUCUUCUUGUCAAUUUGUCUGUUAUAAGCACAACUGCUACAGGCUGAAACCGGGAUGAGUGAUCUCACAGCAGCAUUUUCACCUUCAUCCUAGUGAAAUUUCUUUUAAUGAUGUCCUUCUCCAAUUGGACUACGGCAGUGCUUACUUCCAAGUUCCAAGUAGUCUUGUACCAAAAUUUUUUAGAAUGAUGUCAAUUUGUUAACAUUUAUAUCAAGCAUGAUUGAGGAUACCAAUGCUAACUAAAUGCUUGUUAAAAAGAGAACCAAAUCCACAUCUAUCCCAUGGAGUCAAAGGCUUCCUGGAGCAAAGGGGAGAUCAGACAUGAAGAAGAAUCGGUCAACAUGUGAAACCAAUCAAUUUCAAGAAAACGUGUCCAACACCAUGAAGUUGACAAGCUCGUAUGUUCAUUCAACUCACUUGUAUUCUCGACCAACAUCCACGAAGGUGCAGUUGGAGGUCAUUUACACCGAGUAUCACGACAACAUAUUUCGUGUUAGGAUGAAUCAUGCUGUUGACCAAUUCAUAGCUAGAAAGUGCUUUAUUAAGAAAUAUAUUCCCACAGAUGCCUCUGCAAUAGUCAAGUCGUGCCGGAUAUCUCCUUCUUUCAACCCUAUUCACAAUUUCAUCUGUAACUUCCAACAUGUCUUUUUCAUGAAGAUGUGUAAUCAAAACCGUAUCUCAUUUACAAAAUGAAAAGUACCACUUACAUAUGCCUGUUACAAAGAGAACACCAUAGUAGGUAACCUGUCGGAGAAGAGGAAAACAACGGCAUCACUAGCGGAGAAGCUGCAAGUUUUUUUGUAAUAUAAUUUUCUACAUUUUUGUAGGGAUAAAGCAAAUUCAGAUUAACAAGAUUACAGUUUAUUCUUCAAUAACCUCUUCUGGAAGAGCAAUAAAUCA